CAGUCAUGUAUCAUUGUAUGCUGGCCAUCUGACCUGACAUGACAGUGAUGAAGAACCUGUCCUUCAUUUUGUGGCAGAAAAAACAGGUUCUCGGUGUGCCUGUCUAGCUGUGUGCCGGCAACAGACGAUCGACGCAAGGCAAUGAUGAGCGUAGGCAACAAGUACAGACAGUAGGCCGUGUGUGUGUUUAGAAAUUAGAGUGUUUGUCAAGAGUCGACACUAAGCUUACAAGAAGAUUCCGUCCGUGCCUGCAGGGCAAUCGUGUUGUGUCCGUCGACACCAGGUACUAGGUGGCUGGUUCGUGAGACUUAGUACUUCGCUUCGCUGUGGCGUGGUGGGAAGUCACUUGUUUUUCGUCAUUCAGCUCAGGUAAUUAUUAUGUAGUGCCGAUGUGGAAGAAUAUUUGCGUGUUCCUUGCGACUUCCCCAACUCUAAUGAAUCCGGUGCGACAUCGAGCAACUCGCCUAGCCUGGAUAUACUUGUACUUGUAGCCAUGGCUCACAACAAUCGCACCGGUCGCGGUGUGGCUUUGCCAUCCCUCUCCAUGGUCGGCGGAUCAGCAGGAAUGCGGUCUGGUGACAAUGCGAACACUGCCAGCUCCGCAGCGGCCGCACCGCUAUCAAUCACUGGAGGGACGCGAAAUUCAGGCAAGGGCGCUAAGCUUCCGUCGACAAACUCCUCCAGCGUCGAGCUAGGUGGUCGACCAUCUCGAACGCCGAGAAGAGGCCAGGCGGCUGCGGAGUCGAACACGACAACAACAAGGCGACCACACGCCAUGCCCGCCAUAGAUGAAACAACAAGUGGGGUGGGUGUUAUUGCUGGUAUGGCAAGCAGUUCAAGGCACAUAGCAGCGCCACCGCCACCAGCAGUACAGGCACCCCUAGCACGACAGAAGACCUUGCCUGUACUGACCAACAGUAACAUGACGACCACGGGAACGGCUCAGCCAUUUCGCGGCGGCAACCGGUCCGAGUUUCCACCCGACACCACCUCGUCGUCGUUUGGCCACGGCACUGCUCGUCAUGAGCGCGAGCGUGGCAUCGUCCUGCCAUCCAUCACAUCUCAUCGGCAGUCCAGCAAUGCCCAGCAGCAUCAUCAUCAUCAUCAGCAGCAGCAACAGCAACACCAGUCAAGCAGGACAUCAGGAAUGGCUACGGUGGGCCGCAGCACACAGAACAGUUUCACCGAGGAGCUGAUGCAGCAGCAGCAACAGCGAGCACGUCACGCUGGCUCUAGUAACAUACUACCGGAUACGACGAACGGAGUGCAGCGGCAGUCGAACAACACUACAGCCGCCAUGCUCCAACGCAUGAAAAGCGACGAGUCAGAUCUAUUCGUUGCCGGCGCGAACACGGAGCUACUCCACGAUCGCCAGGCUCAGCUGAAGGGCCAGUAUGACGUGGCUGGCUGGUCGGAGAUUGGUGCUAAACCUGAGAAUCAGGACGUGUUUGACAUCCAGCGGCUGAGCUCUGAUGAACUGUAUGUGUCGGUGCUCGACGGCCACGGGCCGACCGGUGGAGAUGUGGCCAAACAUGGCACCAAGCUACUGUACUCACGGAUCGCGCAGGCCGCACGCGACGAGGCAAUGUUCGGGCCGCCUCCGUUGGAUCCACUGAAUGGCGUCGGUGGGGGUGCGGCGGCGGCGAUGAUGGGCGGCCGCAAGCAGAUAUUACGGUCAGCGUGCCUGCAAACACACAAAUCACUCUGCGAUAACGCGUCGUUCAGUACGCUCAACAGCGGCUCUACGGUGACAAUCGCCAUCCUGCGUCACAAUCAGCUGACCAUGGCGUGGCUCGGAGACUCGCGCUCGGUCAUUGGGCGCGAGGACCGGAAAACGGGCAAGCUGCGAGCCGCCCAGCUGACCCGCGAUCACAACUGUGACGACAUGGUGGAGGCUGCACGCAUUCGUCGCUCCGGUGGCAAAGUGCAGCAAUACUAUUACUGCGGACGAUUCGUUGGGCCGAAGCGUAUUUGGCUGAAGGAGCAGGGUCAGCGCACGCCGGGCCUAAUGGUAUCGCGGUCAGUCGGCGACGAGAUUGCUCAUUCGGUCGGCUGCAUAGCCGACCCGGAAAUGCUGGAAAUGGACCUCACAGCCAGGGACAAGGUAUUGAUAGUGGCAAGCGAUGGAGUGUGGGACGGCAUAUCGAACCAGAAAGCAGUUGAUAUCGCCUGGGGCUGUGCCACUGCCGCCGAGGCAUCACGCGCGGUGGUGGACGCUGCCCUGGACGGACUCCACCGUCACGGUCUGGCCGACAAUGUCACGGCUGUAGUCACGUUCCUGCCCGGGCCCAUGAGCUCAGCCAAGCUGCUGGUGACUGGUCGAGGUCAGAACAGCUGAAACAGUGAACCCCUCGUAUAGGGCAACACUGGACAUGUCUCCUUGGCCGACUGUUCACCUACUAAGCUGGCCAUUACUCCGGAUGCACUGCAAAUCAGGAAGAAGGUGUUUGAGUUGGACACAUGUGCGGCGCCUUGUGCACUGAGUUAGGACACCCAUGGCUUGCCACUGCUGUGGAGAAACACAGAGUGGAUUUCCCAGUUGAAAAUUAACAUCUUCCCAUUCAUCCAGACACUGCGUUCCGAAAGCGGCCAGCUAAUACUAACAGCUAUACAACAUGGGAAUAUGGCCACCGAGACUGAUCAGAUGCACUCCUCUCUCUUGAUACUAGUUGUUGCUGUCUACUGCAUAGGGCACUAGUUGCCAGUACAGUGUAAACUACCUCUCUUUACUGGCGGCCUGUCAUGGUAAUUGGUAUAUCCGCUCAAUUCUUGAUUCUAUUUUGACAUCCGAUCUCGCAUCAUCACUGAAUCCAGUUUGCAAGUCACGUAAUAUUCUGCUGUGUAGUCCCAUGUUAUCACGGAUACCGGAGUUAACCGCGCCGGCCGGGGUGCCACCAUACCACCAUGCACAGGACCGGUGGCUGCAGCACCUCUGACACGCCACACUCUGCUAACACCCAGUUGAACCUAGGCCGGCUGAUCCGACUAAGACUUGAAGCACUCCAUAUCAACCGAUGAUGCUGCUGCUGCUGCCGGUCAGUCUAUACAUGUACUACUGAGUGUGACGUUAUGCCGCUUUGAGACUUCGUAACACGAUUCAAGUUUUUUCUUCAGAGUGUCAUUGUACUGGAAGGGAGUCUGUAGCUCACGUUGUGUCUCAUCAAUGGCUGGUUUUGCCUUUAUCUCGUAAUCUUGAAGAGUACUUAUGAAGGUUAUGACUAAUCUUGCCGUAAUUGGUUGACCGUUUGAAACACA